AUGACGACCGCGCUGAAGCCAGGCAGCAGAGAUGCGCCUACCAAUCCGCGCGGCAUUCCCGUCGCACCCUUCGUCGACCGUGUAGAAGACUAUGUUACCAACCGAUCCGAGGUAGAAAGCACGAUCAACAGCUUCAAGGAGAUGAUAUCGAAAUAUCAGUUCAUGGAGCAAAACACACAGCGACGCGCUGCAGGACUCAAGGAUAAAAUCCCCGACAUUCAGAAGACGCUGGAGACUGUCCGGUUUCUAGAAGGCAGAAAGGCCGACGCGGACCCUAUCGAGACAACCUUCGAACUUAACGAUACACUGUUUGCGAAGGCAGAGGUGCCACCUACGGGAGAGGUAUACCUGUGGCUAGGAGCGAAUGUCAUGCUAGCAUACCCUAUACCAGAGGCCGAGCAGCUUCUCAAGUCCAAACUCGACACCGCGAAGAAGAGCCUAGAGACUUGCGAAGAGGACAUGGAGUUUCUACGGGAGCAGAUCACAACGCUGGAAGUGGCAUUCGCGCGAGUAUACAAUUGGGACGUGGCACAAAGGAGGAAGGAGCGUGAAGCAGGGGAACCAAUAGAGGACAAGAAGGGUUCAUCGUCGAAGGAAUGA